AUGAGGCCACCAUGCGGCCUGUGGCUUUGGCUCUCCUUGCUGAAAGUCCUUCAGGGCCAGACCCCAACGCCCCUGCCACUCCCGUCCCCGAUGCAGAGCUUCCAAGGAAGCCAGUUCCAGGGGGAGUGGUUCGUCUUGGGCCUGGCGGGCAGCAGCUUCAGGCCGGAGCACAGGGCGCUGCUGAGCCCUUUCACCGCCACUUUCGAGCUCAGCAAGGACGGCCGCUUUCAGGUCUGGAACGCCAUGACGCGAGGCCAGCGCUGUGACACAUGGUCUUAUGUGCUGAUUCCGGCUGCACAGCCCGGGCAGUUCACUGUGGACCACGGCAGAGAGCCCGGGGCGGACAGAGAGGAGACCUGGGUGGUGAAUAGCGACUACACCCAGUUCGGGCUGAUGCUGUCCCGCAGACACACGGGCAGCCUGGCCGUCCUCAGGAUCAGCCUGCUGGGCAGGAGCUGGUUCCUGCCUCCCGGGACGCUGGACCAGUUCAUCUGCCUGGGCAGAGCUCACGGCCUCUCAGACGACAACAUCGUCUUCCCAGAUGUGACUGGUAAAGGGCUUGCCUGCAGCAGGUGGGCAGUGGGCACCGGGCCUGCCAGAAUGAGGGUUGACCCUAGAGGGGCUGGACCUGGGGUCUGCCCAUGGAGCUCCUCAGCCUGCACUCAGGGGUCUCAGGGCUCCUGGGUCCCUGCCCUCAACCCAGGCUCUGAGCCACCUCCUCCCAGCCUGGGUCCCCUAUCCUAG